AUGGAGACGCUAAGGCCAUGGAUCUCAUUGUUGAGUUGGCUAGUGAUUGUGGACAUUAUGUGGAGCUCACCUGUUCCUCCAGAGUCCAAGUUGAGCUCAGUGGACCUCCAGCAUGCAGAGGAAUAUUUGAAGCGGUUCCAUCACUUAAAUGGAAGCAUUCGCAGCAAAAGGCAUUUGGCAGCCUUGGAGGAGAAAGUGAAGGAAAUGCAGAGGUUUUUUGGACUGGCAGACAGUGGUCAUUUGGACCCUCAGACCCUUGCCAUUAUGAAAAAGGCCAGAUGUGGAGUACCUGAUGUUGAGAAUUUCAGCUUCUACCCAGGACGACCCAAAUGGAAGAAUCACACCGUCACCUACCGGAUUGCAAAGUACACCACAGACCUGACGAGGAAGGAGGUGGAGACCUCUUUUCGUUUGGCAUUUAAGUUAUGGAGUGAUGUAGUUCCUCUGAAGUUCGUCAGAGUAAGCCAUAACCAGGCUGACAUCAUCAUCACUUUCACCAGAAAGGCUCAUGGAGACUUCUUCCCCUUUGACGGCCCAAGGGGAGUGCUGGCUCAUGCCUUUGAGCCUGGAGGGGGUGUAGGAGGGGACAUGCACUUUGAUGAUGAUGAGCUUUGGACGGUGGGCCGCAGGCAAUCAGUAGGCUAUGAUCUGUUCACGGUGGCUGCCCAUGAGCUUGGACAUUCCCUGGGCCUUUCACACUCCAAAGACCCAUCUGCUCUUAUGUUCCCCAAAUACAAAUACCUCAAUUCAGCAAAGUACAAACUCCCAGAGGAUGAUACUCUAGGGAUCCAGUCACUGUAUGGGAAGAGCACUAAACAUGUAGAGAGGCUGAUCUCCAAAACGUGUCAUCCCAAUUUUUCGGUCGACGCUGUGGCAGUGGUUGGAAAUCAGACACUUUUCUUUAAAAACAGUCACUUAUGGCUGAGGACAAUGAGGGGAUCAUACUGGAACAGGCUGAGAGAAGGUCCUAUAAGUAAAUUUCUCCCAAGCAUCAUCUCACCUGUGGAUGCAGCAUAUGAUCUUCCAGCCAAAGGAGUGACUUACAUGUUCACAGGUCCUAAAUACUGGGUGGUCCAGCAGUUAGGAAUCAAGAGUUACUAUGGCUCCAUCUAUGAAUACGGCUUCCCAGUGAGAGUGAGACAAAUCAACGCUGCUGUUCACAUCAGCAAAUAUGGCAAAACAUACUUCUUCACAAGAGACACGUAUUACAGAUAUGAUGAAUUCAGAAGAAGGAUGGAUCCUGGCUUUCCAAGAAAAAUCCACACAGACUGGCCAGGCGUUACAGGGAGAAUUGAUGCUGCUUUUGAACUGAAGGGUGCUGUUCACCUCUUCAGUGGAUCAAAGGCGUUUGUCUUUGAUUACAGGAAGGGUCGCGUCCUGUACGUGGUGAGAGCUAAUGUUUGGCUCGGGUGUUAACUCUAA